AUGAAGAAGUUUUUCGACUCGCGUCGGGAGCAGGGUGGCUCUGGCCCUGGGUCGGGCACCAGCGGUGGCGGCGGUGGCAGCAGCGGCCCCGGCAGCGGCUACAUCGGUCGGGUCUUCAGCAUCGGCCGCCACCAGGUGACGGUGGACGAGGUGCUGGCGGAAGGUGGCUUUGCCAUCGUGUUCCUGGUGAGGACCAGCAAUGGGGUGAAGUGUGCCCUGAAGCGGAUGUACGUCAACAACGAGCACGACUUGCAGGUGUGCAAGAGAGAGAUCCAGAUCAUGAGGGACCUGUCUGGCCACAAGAACAUCGUUGGCUACAUUGACUCCAGCAUCAACUCGGUGAGCAGUGGAGACGUGUGGGAAGUGCUGAUCCUGAUGGACUUCUGCCGAGGAGGCCAAGUGGUGAACCUGAUGAACCAGAGGCUGCAGACAGGCUUCACCGAGAGCGAGGUGCUGCAGAUCUUCUGUGACACCUGUGAGGCCGUGGCCAGGCUGCACCAGUGUAAAACCCCAAUCAUCCACAGGGACCUGAAGGUUGAGAACAUCCUUCUGCACGACCGUGGCCACUACGUCCUCUGUGACUUUGGAAGUGCCACCAACAAAUUCCAGAACCCUCAGACAGAAGGGGUGAAUGCAGUGGAGGAGGAGAUCAAAAAGUACACUACCCUGUCCUACAGAGCACCAGAAAUGGUCAACCUGUACAGUGGCAAACUCAUCACUACCAAAGCAGACAUCUGGGCCCUUGGCUGCUUGCUGUACAAGUUGUGCUACUUCACCUUGCCCUUUGGGGAGAGCCAGGUGGCCAUCUGCGACGGCAGCUUCACCAUCCCUGACAACUCGCGGCACUCGCAGGACAUGCACUGCCUCAUCCGAUACAUGCUUGAGCCAGACCCUGAUAAGAGACCUGACAUUUAUCAAGUCUCCUACUUUGCAUUCAAACUGGCAAAGAAGGAAUGCCCAGUGCAGAAUGUCCAGAACUCUCCAAUCCCUGCUAAACUCCCAGACCCAGUUAAAGCAAGUGAAGCUGCUGCAAAGAAGAGUCAACCCAAGGCCAGGCUGACAGACCCCAUCCCUACCACAGAAACGUCCAUAGCACCCCGGCAGAGGCCCAAGGCAGGGCAGACACAGCCCAACCCUGGCAUCCUGCCCAUCCAGCCAGCCCUGACGCCCAGGAAGAGACCCACGGCGCAGGCGGCCAUGCAGCCGCAAGUGGCAGGGCCUGCUGCCCUGGGCAGUGGGCAGCCUGCGCUCCCUGCCAGCGGCCCCCAGCAGAAAGCAGCUGCCCAGCAGCCUCCGGCCCAGCCACAAGCCAAGCAGGCGGCGGCUCCGCAGCAGCAGGGCUCACAGGGGCAGCCCCAGGUCCCUUCUACUCAGCCACAAGCCACCCCUCAGCAUCAGCAGCAGCUUUUCUUGAAGCAGCAGCUUCUGCAGCAGCAGCAACAACAGCAGCAGCAGCAGCAGCAGCAGCAGCAGGCUGCCUACUACCAGCAGCAGCAGCAGAUGAUGCAAGCUCAGCAGUUCCCAGUGAUGCAGCAAGGAGCACCAGCACAGCAGCAGCUGAUGCAGAACUAUUACCAGCAGCAGCAGCAGCAGCUGAUGGCCCAGCAGGCAGCCAUGCAGCAGAAAACAGCAGCAGCAGCAGCAGCAGCUCAGCAGAAGUCCCAAGCGCCGGCACAGCCCCAGGCCCAGCCAGGCACGGCCCAGCCAGCACAGCCCCAGGAGCAAGGGGCGCAGGCAGGGCUGAGGCAGCAGCAGCAGAAGCCUCAGAGCAGCCCUCCUGCAGCAGUGCAGGGGCAGAAGCUUGGCUCCCUCACCCCUCCCUCCUCCCCCAAGACGCAGCGUGCAGGGCACAGGAGGAUCCUGAGCGACGUCACCCACAGUGCAGUCUUUGGGGUUCCAGCCAGCAAGUCAACCCAGCUGCUGCAGGCAGCUGCUGCUGAGGCCAGCCUCAACAAGUCCAAGUCUGCUUCCACCACACCCUCGGGUUCCCCAAGGACCUCCCAGCAGAAUGUCUAUAACCCUCCUGAUGUCUCCACGUGGAACCCCUUCGAUGAUGACAACUUCUCCAAGCUGACAGCUGAGGAGCUGCUCAACAAGGACUUUGCCAAGCUGGGUGAGGGGAAAGCUCCAGAGAAGAUGGGCAGUUCCACAGAGAACUUGAUUCCAGGCUUCCAGCCUGCCUCAGCUGCAGCCCAGGCAGAUGCUUUUGGUGGCUCUUCCUUCACUGCUGGAUCAGCUGAAAAAGCAAAAGACAUCCUGGGUUUGGACACCAGCCCUUCUCUCCUGACUGUGCCUGAUCCUUUCAUUCCUCUCCCGCUCUCCGACACGCCAGGUCUGCAGAGGGACCCUGCCCUCUUCCCAGCUGCAGCUCUGGAUCUCUCUAAAGGACCUCCUGGCAGCGAUGGCCUUGCUCUGUACAAGGGGCAGCCUGAGGUCCUGGAGGUGAAAGUGCAGCACAACUCGGAGCCAGAGCUGCUGACAAGAGAUGGACCUUCCAGCAACAGCUCCUUCUACAGCAGCGAGGGAGAGGGCACAGACCAGGAGGGAGACCUCCUGGAUUGCAGCGGCUCCAGGCCUCUGCUGAUGGAUUCAGAAGAGGAGGAGGAAACCUGCAAGCUGUGCCCAGGCUUCCUGCAGGCUGCACCCAAGGAACGACUUGAGGCCUCCAAAGAAGAUGCCCAGCCCCAGUCCUCCCAGCCCAGAGCAGGGGAGGUGCUGUUCCCUGCCUUCCAGUCACACACAGGGGAGGUUUUCAACGAGCCAGACGUGUUUGCCACGGCUCCCUUCCGGAGCUCCAGGAGGGUGCCUGACGAGGUGGAUGUCUUCACCAAAGCUCCUUUCAUCUCCAAGGGCAGCCUGGCUCCCAGGCAGCCAGAGGAAGCAGAUGUCUUUCUGAGAGCCCCUUUCACUAAAAAGAAAAGCCUGGAAGAGUUGACUUCCCAGGGUGUGGCUAAGGAGCCCUUCCCACCACCCAUCUUCCGGAGCCCAGGAGGUGACGGCCAGCACAGGGCUGCCUUCCCAGCCUCAGCCAGAGCUCAGUAUCCCCCUGCCAGCUUCGCUCAGCCAGGCAACCUCCAUCCCUCCUCUGUCAGAGCCGUGGAGCCCUCAGCCCCCAGCCCUUCCCCGGGGGUGCUGCAGGAGCAGGCUGGCAGCGAGAGGAGCCAGGUGGCAGCGCAGGAGGCCGCGCUGGGCUCUGUGCCCAACAAACCUUUCCGUCCGCAGUCCCUCUCCAAGUAUUCCAGGCACUACAGCCCGGAGGAUGGGCAGGGGCUGGAGGCCAAGCCCAUAGCUGCUUACAAAGUGAUUUCUCAGACCAACAGACAGGUGAUAGCAGGAUCUGUCUCCGUCACCCCUUUGUCUUCCAGGACUACAGAGCUGCCCGGCGCCGAUCCCUUCGCCUCCGCUCCCUUCCCUUCCAAAGUGGGGAAGCAAAAGCCUUAAUCUGCUGGGGGCUGGGAGCUGUGUGUGUGCCCUGAGGAGCCCACCUCUCACUGGGCCUUGAACCUCUUAGUUGGA